CGAAAAAUGGUGUAAUGUUAUUGUUGGUCGGACAAGAAGAGUCAAAUAUUUGUUUGAUCAAACGUAUUACUCUCCUGAUUGUGUUGGUGGUUACGUAGAUCAACCUAUUGAUGUAACAUGUUUGAGCAAAUGGUUUCCAAAUUUAAGGACUGUGGACCUUUUUUUCCUAUUACAUGGAAAAGUACCAAUCGAAGAUAUUGUUAAACUAAUCAGAGAUUCAGAAUCUUUAAAAGGAAUAAUCUUUCCUUUCAAUUACUAUUUGGAUUUCGAACUGAUUCCGGAAAUCGCUAGCCUCGAAAUGUUAUCUACCGGUUCCAUCAGUAUUAACAUAAGUGGAAUCUAUGAAAAUGUGAAACAAUUGCACCUUGAUAUGUCUAAUUUAUAUCUAUGCGAAUUGGCCCAUUAUUUUCCAAAUCUUGAAAGGUUACAUUUUUAUAUGAAACCAGGCUUAUCAGAACCUUACUCCAACGCUCCAGUAUUGGCAAAUCUUAAAAUAAUUGAAAUGGGAAUGUCUCACGGUUACUGGGAAGACGGUCGGUGUUCAUUUGUAUUCAUGGAUUCGUGCCCAGCAUUACAGAGUGCUCAUAUCAGGUUUAAUAACUCGUCCGUCGAGGUCAAUUUUUCAGUAAAACUUGUAAACUUACAAGAUUUGGUUAUAGAAAUUCACCAUUCAAUCGAAUUGAAUGACCUACGAAGACUGAUGUCGAAAUACCCAAAUCUAAAGCAUUUGGCAUUACGAAAUUUCUCUUUGAAAGAUGAACACAUCAAACAAUUGAUAUUAAUUUUGCCAAAACUGACACUACUUGAUAUUCGUAAAUCUUAUGGAGUCACUCAAGAAGCUGCUGAUCAUGUUCGGGACUAUUGUAAGCGGUAUGGCCGAUCAAUCAAGAUUUAUUUUAAAAAAGACGACGAACAACUUGAAACUGAUUGGCCUGAAAAAAUCUGUCGUGGAUUUGAUUUCAUGAGACAUUGUUUUUUCAAUAGUUUCGAUGAUUUGCCUUAUUUUUUGGAUCCAAUAGAUGAUUAAAAGAAUGAAAAAAACUGCCAAUCCUUUGCAAUUUUUCUAAUAUCCAGCCAUGAAGUUUAAGAUAUUUAAAGAAAUGUUUCACACCUCGAUAUCUUAGACCAUAAUUAUUGCUCUUAUAUGGAAUCGACAGCCCAUUACACCACUCAGUGCUGGGUAAUCAUUUGAAAUAUUGAGACUCAAAGUUUAUGUCCAUCAAUGAGAAGCCAAGUGACAAUUAUUAUUAUAUUAAUUACGUACAUGUAAUACCAUUCUUAUUCAACGUCGGAGUGCAAACCUUGAAACAUUGUUUUUUCAAAAGUUUCCGAAAUUUGCCUCUAUUUUGGAUCCAAUAGAUGAGUAAAAAAUGCUUAUAAUAGCAUGAUUGUCAAUCCUCUGCGUCUAAUUUUUGUCCCAGCUGUAAGCUGUACGAUAUUGAAAGAAAUGUAACCCUUUCUAUAUUGUUCAGACCAUAAUUAUCGAUCUUAGAUGAAAUUGAUGGACCAUUACACCAAUCAAUGCUGGGUAGCCACUUGUCUUUAAUUAUUGUCACUCAAUGUUUAUGUCUUUCAAUGAGAACCCUAUUGAUAAAUAUUAUGAAUGAUAAAUGGAUUGUGAAUUGCAUCUAACGAAAAGUUACAGUUUAUGACACAACUCGUCAUCAAUUGGAAAAACUUUCAUGCUGUAAACAACAGAACACUAAAGCUCACUUCAUGACUCGAUAAGGGGAGAAAAGGUGUCAUCUUGAUUCAAUGGUAACCCAAAUCAAUUCCAGACUCAUUCAUAGAAAGUUAUUGCUGUGAGUGGCGAGCAAGUUAUUAAGUAAAAUAACCAUUUUUUGAAUUUUCUGUCUUAAUAAUGGUUGCCGAAUUUUGUUGAAUUUUAAAAAUUUCUCUGAAUGAAAGUAUUUAUGAAUCAUCAGAAUCAUUUAUACUUCAGCUGCUUAUAAAAACCAAUAUAUUUUCAAGUUCAUAAAGCGCGAACUUGCUGCAUCUGUGGGAUUGUUUUUUUAAAUGAGCCUCGACAUGUCGAUCAAAAUACUUGACAGUAUUCUUGAUCUAUUUCGUGUGAAAUUAUGAUCGCUAGUAUAAAUGAAUCUUUUUGACUAUUUUCAAAUCAUUAUCUUCAGAUUAUUCGAGUUUAAAGUUUGAUUUGAUAUAACAAAAUCCCUUGCAAAAUGAGUUCAUUUACAAUUUUUAUUUUAUUAUAUUUUAUUAUUAUGUAUCUCUCGUUGUCUA